AUGUCUGAGCAGCAGGGAAUCGACCUUUCGGGUGACGGAGGCGUGCUGAAGACGAUCAUCGUCGAGGGCACCGGCACGGAUACGCCCCCCUCUGGUUCUGACGUCACUGUACACUACACGGGCACGCUGCUGGAUGGAAAGAAGUUCGAUUCGAGCCGCGAUAGGGCUGAACCAUUCAAGUUCAAGCUCGGGGCGGGGCAGGUGAUCAAGGGCUGGGACCGCACCGUGGCUACCAUGAAGCGCGGCGAGCAGUGCCGCGUCGUGCUCCGCUCCGACUACGCCUAUGGCAAGAACGGCUCGCCGCCCACCAUCCCCGCCGAUGCCACCCUCGUGUUUGACAUCGAGCUGCUGAGCUGGAAGGACGAGGAGGACCUCACCCACGACGGCGGCGUCCUCAAGAAGGUGCUGCGCUCGGCCUCGCCAGAGAGCUGGGAGAGGCCCAAGGACGACUCAGAGGUGAAGGUCUCCUACACCCUCACCACGGCCGAUGGCCAGCACAUCGAGUUCAAGACCAACUUCACCUUCGUGCUCGGCUCCGACGCCGUGCCCGCCGGACUGGAGAAGGGAGUGGAGAGCAUGAAGAAGGGCGAGAAGGCGCUCCUCAAGGUGAGCGGCGACUAUGCCAAGGGCCACCCGGCUGCGCCCGCCGACGCCACGCUGCACUACGAGGUGGAGCUGCUGGAGUUCACCAAGGAGAAGGCCUCGUGGGAGAUGACCAACGAGGAGAAGAUCGCCGCUGCCCAGAAGAACAAGGACGACGGUAACGAGCUCUUCAAGGCCGGUAAGUUCAAGGGCGCCAUUAAGAAGUACAAGAAAUCGUCAUCGUUCGUGGAGAACGAGAACUCGUUCACGGAGGAGGAGAAGGCGCAGGCCAAGCCGCUCAGGGUCACCGCCCACCUCAACACCGCGGCGUGCAACCUCAAGCUCAAGGACUACAAGGCCUGCAUCGAAAACUGCGACAAGGCACUGUCGGCCCUCGAUGAGUGGCGCGAUGCCGAACUCACGCUCAACCAGGCCCUCGAGCACGAGCCCUCGAACAAGGACGUUCAGCGCGAGCUCGCCCUCCUCAAGCGCAAGGUGGCGGAGCAAGAGAAGAAGGACAAGAAGAGAUACGCCAACCUCUUUGCCCGCCUCAGCGCCGACGAGAACCAGAGCUGA